GUGACUUGGCGUAUUGGGUGGAAGGGUGGUUUCGCUGGGUUGAUGAGUGAGUGGCUGGGUGGUUAGCUGGGUGGUUGAAUGGCUGGAUGAGUGUCUGGCUUUGCGGUGGAGAGUAGCUGGGUGGGUGGGGGAGCGGCGGUGUCAGGGAGGGUUGGGGCGGCCGCUGGUUGGCUGUUGACGCAUGAUACAGCAGUAGCAGGAGCAGCAGCAGCAGGAGCAGCAUUAGCAGCGGGCAGCCCUCUGUAGAGCGCGUCUCCAUGCACGCAGCUGCUGCAGACAACGAGAGGCAACAACAGCAGCAGCAACAACAGCAGCAGCAGACAGCUUUCAUUUGUAGCGAAAUGGGCCCCUUCACGGACAUCAAGGGCCAGAAGUCCCAGUCGCGAUCUUGUGCUGGGUCAUCGCGGAGCCGCAUUCCUCGCCUGGUUUCCCGGCACAGCCCUGAUGGUCCUGAUGAGGGAGGGGGCACGGCCACAGCCUCCUCCACCCCGGCCACACCGUCCACCCCGUCCACCCCGGCCACCCCGGCCACACCGGCCCAGGUCCCGGGUCUCCCCGGGCCACCGGAGCGCUCGCGGCGCCGAGAGCAGCGCAGCGGCUCCUCCCAGUCCGCCUCGCUCCCUCACUCGCUCACGUGA